GUUGGUUCCUUCUUCGUCGGCCACCUCCCUCUUCCUCUGUUCCUCAAUCGCCGCCUCCUACCCUCAUUCCUCUCGACCCCGGGUUUUCCACGCCCGUAGUCGCCGUCGACUGGCGGCGCCGCUCGUCCGGGGGCAUCGCUCUUCCGAGGGAGCUGCUGCCCGGGUUCUUCCUCGUCUGGUCCUUCUCCUCCGCCGCUGUCCGUUCCUCCGGCGCCGGCCGCCGGCCGCUUCUUCCCCUCCCCUUCCGGCUGCAGCUUCGGUAUCCCCAGACACUGGGCUCGAAGCAUGGUUUGCAUCGUGGAUGCCUGCACGGCUGCUGCUGUAUCUCCCGUGCGGUGUUGGCUGUAGACAUCAGUGAAACCAAACACCCUAGCAUUGCACGGAGGGCGGCCUGCCAGUGCCGGGCAAAGAUGACCUCCUAUUCUGUAGAAUCGAUUUUAUAAUAAAAAAUUGCCGUUCCGAGCGCCAUCCCUCUUGGCUGGCACCCAGAUGACCUCCCCUGUCGAUCCCACGGCGGCGGCGCCGCAGUCGCCGUCCAUCAUCACGAACGGCGCCGUCAACGGCUUACUCCCUGGUGCCGAGGCCUUCGCCGUGCACUACCCGGGUUACCCCUCCAGUCCCGCUCGCGCCGCCCAUACCCUUGGCGGCCUCCCCACCAUCGCCAAGGUCCGGAGUUCCAAGUCCCGUCUCGAGCUCCGCUUCCGUCCAGAGGACCCCUAUUGCCACCCGGCCUUCGGUGAGCCCCGGGCCUCCACUGGCCUACUCCUUCGCCUCUCCAGACCCAAAGGUGAUGACGCGCCGCCGCGUGCUGAGGUGGUGGCACGGGUCCGAAACGCCUACUAUUUUGAAGGUAUGGCAGAUUUUCAACAUGUUGUUCCAGUGCAAGCUGCUAACGUGAGAAAAAGAAACCGGCCAGAUUGUCCGAGUAGUAAAGAUGAUUUAGGCAGGGAUAAGGUAGGAGAUCUAGAAACUGAUGAUGAAGAUGCCAUGAUGUUAAUACCACCACUCUUCUCAAUAAAGGAUAGUCCGACAAAGAUAGCGCUUCUAGCAUCGUCCAAUGCACUAUCGAAGAGCAUGCAAAGGGGAGUUGUACGUCAUCGGUGGGAGAUGGAUAUUGAACCAACCCUUGCUCUUUCUUUCGACAUUCAAGCUGUUCCUAAGAAGAUUAAUUGGGAAGACCACAUACCAAAGAAGUCACCAGAGUGGGGUUGGCAGAUGGCUAUGUGCAAAUUGUUUGAGGAGCGUCCUGUGUGGCCAAGACAGUCACUUUAUGAACGUUUGCUUGAUGAGGGUGUGCAGGUGUCACAAGGCCAGUUUAAAAGCCUUCUGUUUAAAGCUGGAUACUACUUCUCUACUGGUCCCUUUGGUAAAUUCUGGAUCAGAAAAGAAUACGAUCCUCGUAAAGAUCCCGAGUCACGAAUAUAUCAGAUGAUUGAUUUUCGCCUGCCUCCUCAGCUAAGGAAUCUUCAAACAAAAGAGCAUUGUGGAUCUGAAAAGUGGUCAGAGAUGUGCAAGCUUGAAAGGAUGCCAUCCAAGAGUUUCAUCUUCCUGCAAUUAUUUGAACUGAAGGACGACUUCAUUCAAGCAGAAAUUAGAAAGCCUUCUCAUCAACCAACUUGCUCACAUUCGACAGGUUGGUUUUCGAAGCCAAUGAUUAAAAUCUUGAGAUCACAACUCAGCAUAAGGUUCCUUUCAUUAUGUCCUAUUGAAGAUGCUAAAAUCUUUUUGAGGGAUGCCCGUGAAGCUAUUGAAAGGUCCAAGAAGCAGGAAGACCUUUGCAGAUCUAAGCAACUGAAGGAAAGGCAGGAAUUCGAUGAAGAAGCACCUGAAAAACAUGCUGGAUCUGAGGGUCAAGUGGACAACUUUGAUUGUGAAGAUAUUGAUGAUGAGGAAGAGGAGGAUAAGGAGGAAUCAGAUGGUUAUGAUUCUCCACCUAUGGCAGAGGAUGUUCGUGAUUUCUCUUUACAUGAUUCAUACACAAUUGGAGAAGGCUUUCCCACUGGAUACCUUGAUGGGGUGUUGCGCAGCUUUCCAGUGAAUGAAGACGGACAGAUCAAGUUAGGUGAUGCCCUUAAUAAUACAGAAGGAAGUGAUGGGGAAUUUGAAAUUUUUGAACAGCCCAGUGACGAUGAAGAGUAUUCUGAUGGUUAAUAGAGCUUUUGGGGGGAGUAGCAAGCUAUGCUCAAGUUGGAUCAACGAUGGUUUAAAAAAAAAAAGAAGUUGGAUCGACGAGCUAUCAAGUUAGGUGAUGCCCUUGAUAUACUGAAGGAAGUGAUGGGGAAUUUGAAACUUUUGAACAGCCCAGUGACGAUGAACGGUAUUUUCUGAUGGUUAGUAGUAGGGCUUUUUGGGGGAGUAGCAAGCUAUGCUCAAGUUGGAUCUACGAUGCAUUAUUUUAUUUGGUAUCAAUGUACUAUUGGAGUAUUCCGUUCCAUAAUUUUUAUCGAAAAAUACCAUUUUUUAGAUUUUUUUUAGAAAUAGAUAUAUCCAUAUUUGAAAAAAAAUUGAGGCAAGAAUUAUGAGAAGGAGGGAGUACAUCGACUCUCUCCUGAAUUUAGGAUCCAUUGUCUAAAAGCUUGUUUAGCAGGUUGUUUAUAUAUCUAUGCACUUCGAUGAAGCUAUGUAUUGUAGCCUUGUUCUUAUGAGAUACGGAGUAUAUGAUACUGGAUGGCAUGGAGACAAGGAAGUUAACUGCUUCCUCGUGAAUGUGUAUAAAAAUCUAUAUAUACAAUAGAACCGGCAGCUGUUUCUUUA